AAACAUGGCUGCUGACUUUAGGUUGUAAGGAGCCCUCUCAAAUCUUAUGUUUUUCCGUUUCCACGAUGGCAAAGUGAAGUCUUCCGUUUUUCAUCCAAGAAGUUUAUCCUUGAACAUUUGAAAGUUUAAAAAAAUAGCUGUUCGUCGUGGUGUUUUGAGAAGUUUUUCUUUUCACGUGUCAUUCGACGUACGUCACGCUCACUAAUGAAUGGUUCGUCUUACAUUAUCCACUGGCAAAAAAAUAAGAACUUCUACUUUGUGUUGGGUUGAAUCAUUUAUGGUGCGAUUGGCUUGCCAUGGGAUCAGAAUGUAGUGUUGAAAAGGAUUACGAGCUGGAUGAACCUGUCGAAUGUAAUAGCAAAGAAUGGAGUAUUUACACAGCGAGAAGGAUUCAAGAUGGCCUCAAAGUUACUGUUUUUGUCCAUGAGAAGAAAGGGAAGGAAAAGAAUAGGGAUUAUGAAAGGAUUUCUAAAGCUGCACAGUGUCUCAAAACUCUUAAACAUCCAGCCAUUCUUAAACACCAUUGGUCCUAUGAUAACUCAGAAGAGUUUUGUAUGGUGACAGAACCAGUCAGGCCUUUAGAAUCUGUUAUAAAGAGUUUAGACACAAUGGAGAUAAUUGCUGGACUCUAUAAUGUUGUUGAAGCUCUCGUAUUUUUGCAUGAGAGGGGUGGUCUGUCACACAACAAUGUCUGCAUGUCGUCUGUGUACGUAAGUGAUAAUGACUGGGGAUGGAGACUUGGUGGAAUGGAACAUGUCUGCAGAUUUUCUGAAUUGACAAAUGAGUUUUUGUCAGGAACAAGAGCACAAAGGGACACCAAGUCUAUUUCUCCAGAAGAAAAGGAUGGUCGAGUAAAUGUCAGUCUUAAGACAGGUCAUGCCCUUGAUGCUUAUGGCUUUGGUAUGUUUGUCAGUGACAUCUUGGACACUCGUACAGAUUUAGGAGAUGCAGGUGAAAAUUUUGGAGAAAAGAUGCAGAGUUUAUUUCUUCAUGAGAACCCUCAGAUGCGGCCUCAGUUUUCCAGUCUUCUUGGUGAUGAAUUCUUCAGGAGCGGCUUUCUGGAGAUAAUGACAUUUCUUAACCAAAUAACCAUUAAAACUGAUGUUGAGAAAGAAAAAUUCUUCAGUUCUCUUGCCUACAAGUUGACAACAAUUCCACCAAGGCUUGUUGCCAAGCGAAUGCUUCCGAGAUUGAUGUCGAGAUUUGUUCUGGCUGACCCUAGUGCAGAGAAAAAUUUCCUCCCUCAUCUCCUGACUCCUAUCAAAGAUGGUAAUGAUGCUGAUUACCAGUCAAGCAACCUCUCUCCAGUUCUCCCAGACGAACUGUUCAGAGAACACUGUAUUCCCAUUUUAAUGACUCUAUGGUCCAUCAGGGACGGACAUGUCCGGAUGAUUCUUCUCAAAUAUUUUGGUCUCUAUGCCACCUCUUUUGAGGAAGAAGUUCUGGAAAAUUUCAUUCUACCUCAGAUGUUGAUUGGUUUGCGAGAAACAGAUGAUAGAAUAGUUGCGGCUACAUUUUCUGCCCUAUCGGUCAUGGUACCCGUGUUAGGAGCGAAUGUUGUUGUCGGUGGAGAGAGAAAAAAGCACUUCAUCGAAGGGAGACCUAAGUUUAACAGUUCUGAGAGCAUGCCUACCAUAUCUACAAAUAAUGUCAUGAAGGAAAAGAAGAUUAGCAACAUUGGUCCCACAAAUGUCAGUGGAGUCAUCGACUUUGAGAACAAGUUGAGCCCAGAAUCAGACGUAACUGUACAGACAUCCACACGUAAUACUAACGACCAAAUUCGAAAACAGGAAAGAGAAAAACGGAGACAAGAAAUGGAGAAGAGGAAAGAGGAGAGGAAAAAAGAGAUGGAACGGCGCAGAUUGGAACGAGAGAAACAAAGAAUAGCUAAACAGUCGUCUCCUAAGAGAUUUACAGAUUUAGUUGUCCCACAAGGGGACCCUGAUCAGGGAGAAUUUGAACAAUGGGAAGAACUUGAUGAGUCCCCAAGCUCCCCGCGGUCAGACGUUACGAGCAGUCGUUCAAGCCAAGCAACUGCUGAGCAUGGUGUGAACUACUGGAGUGAUGAUCAGAGUGUUACCAGCGAACAGGACAAAUUAGAAAUGAACAACGUUGAUGUUAAUAUCUCCCUGCAAGCGGGGAAAUCAAACGAACCUUCCUCUCUCUCUCGCAAUAAAGAGAGCUAUCCAUCGAAAUCUAGUGCGCCGACGCACUCGAACGCAUUAAAACUUGGUUCUAAAAAAUCUUCAACUAAAACAGAUAAGUCUUCGAAAUCAAGACGGCGAAGUGAAGAGAGACUGGGUAGUGAAUUUGAAAUCACGCGAAUAGAAGUUCGCUCAAGAGAGCCCGAUUACUUCGCUGAUAUGGAGCCGUCAGUGACUUUUAAGGAGAAAAAUUCAGAUGUUCAACCCGGAAAAUCCCAAGGCGCAGGACUAAGUUCUAAAUUGGCGAUGGUGGAAGAUACGUCACAGGUGGAAAGUGGCUGGGGUGAUGAAUGGGAUGGUUUUGAUUAGCGAGGAGUUCUUUUAAAAUUUAUUUCAAUCUCCCCUUGAUCAGGUCGUAGGUUUUUUCAACAAACGAUUGAUCAAUUUGACAUUCUCCCAAUUCUCUUAGGUGGAAGGUUGAAGAAAAUGCAUCAAAAUUGUUUGUUUUCAAAUAAAAACGCAGUACUGUGAUCAUUCAAAAUCACAACGAAAGAGCUGUGGGUCCCAUCUACACCGAGGCGAUUUUGUUUCAAAGCACAUCCUUUUUAUGCGUUUUUGCCGAACAUCCAAACAAAAAGGAUCCAAAAAGGCUCAUGAAAACGGGGCCUUUUGAAAACAGCUUAGAGAAAGGAGUGUUUUGAAAAGCAUCGUUUUUGAAACAACUCCUUUUCUUGUGUUGAUAAGUGAAAGUGUGGCCCUUGUUAAUAUCGACCGCAAGAAAAAAAAGGACUCGCAAUCCUUAAUUUUUCCGAUAUGUACACCUUUUACCAUUUUAUCAAUGUGUCAUUCUUCGCGGUGACUGUUAAUUUAAUUCCUUUUUCAAAUCUAUUUUCCUCUGCUAUAGGUUUUAUUGAAUUUGCAAACAGAAAUUUUAUCGAAUUAUCGAGAAAUAAAAUGAAUAAAUAAAGACCAUUGCAUAUUUUAUAAAGUUAUUUGGCGAAAGUGUUAUAGUAUUUUUAAAGGUAAUACG